AUGGGAUAUGCAUUCGCGGUUCUUGCUCUUCUCUUCCCAGCCUUAAUUCUCCUCCAUCUCCUCGUUGCUCCAUACACCAAAGUCGAGGAGUCGUUCCACGUCCAGGCCGUACAUGAUAUCCUGGCCAACGGGCUACCAAAUGGCUUUAAUGACCUGAAUCUCAAUCGCGCCGAUUAUGAUCACUUCUCUUUCCCGGGGGCUGUUCCCCGGAGUGCUGUUGGCGCUGCGGUGCUCGCUAUGCUCUCGAAGCCCGUGAUCUUGUUGAGCGAGGGGAUCAACCGACAGAUAUUAGCUCGCGCUAUACUGGGCUUAUUCAAUGCCUCCGCUCUAGUAGCCUAUGCAAGAGGCCUACGUCGUAGCUUCGGUCAGCCAGCAGCUGUCUGGUAUAUCCUACUCCAAGCAAGCCAGUUCCACCUGAUGUUCUACGCCUCAAGGCCACUAUCAAACAUGUUCGCCUUCGGCAUCACAACGCUAGCAAUGCGUCUGCUCCUCCCAAGCCCUGUACCAACAUCCCAAGACCAAAAUCAAUGCGGCCUUGCACUCGCUCUCCUCACCGUCGCAGGCGUAGUCUUCCGCUCCGAACUAGCUCUCCUAGUCGGAACCCAGACUCUCUUCCUCCUAUCAACAAAACGAAUUAACCUCCAACACACCAUAAUCGCAGGCCUGGUCGGCCUGAUCACCGGCCUAGCCCUCACAAUUUACCUCGACAGCACCUUCUGGCAAAUCUUCCCCCUCUGGCCCGAAUUCGAAGCCUUCCGCUUCAAUGUCCUAGCAGGCCAAUCCUCAGAAUGGGGCACAGAUCCAUGGCCAUUCUAUUUCCAAAACGCCCUCCCCCGUCUCCUCUUCAAUCCCCUCAUCUACCUCCUCGCCAUCCCCGUCGCCCUCCGCCAACCAGCAACACGAUCCCCCCGCUCUGGCACUUCUAAUCCCGGCGCUUUCCUUCGUCGCCCUCUACAGCUUCCAGCCACACAAGGAAUGGCGCUUCAUCCAGCCCUCGGCGCUGGGUAUCUCUGGACUCACCGCUCGCGCUCUCUCUUCGCCCGUCUGGCGACACGCGCCCUGGCUAUCUCGACUCUCGCCGUAUUCUGUCUGUCGAAUUUUGUGCUUCUUCCCGCGUCUGCGGCGAAUUACCCUGGUGGCCAGGCUAUUGACGCUAUGCAUCAUCAACACAGUAUCCUACACGAUACGAAGUUGCAUUCUGGAACCAACUUUCCUGUCAACGUUUAUCUGGGUAACCUCGCCUGUCAAACGGGCGUAACGCGUUUCUUGCAACAACCGCCUUCGUCGGGGUGGGUAUAUGACAAAACUGAAGACAAGGCUGUUAAGUCGACAAGUGGGUUUUGGGAACGGUUUGAUUACGUUGUUGUUGAGGCGGAUGAGGAAAAUGGGCUUAUGGAUGCUGACGAGACAAGUCUUCGGCGUGCGCUUCCUUCUUCUGACUGGGAGAGGGUGCAUGUAGUUGAUUCGUUUGCGGGGAUAUCGGUUUUGAAGCCUGGGACUCCUGCUACGGGAACUGCUGAGCGGCGUGUCAUUAGUGCUAUUGCUGGUGCGCGUGCUGUUGAUUUGUUCGAGGGUCUGCGGGAUUAUGUGAGGGAUUCUUUAUUGCGUGGGUGGUGGGUUGAGGUCAAGAUGAGACCGAGGGUUCAAGUCUUGAGACGGGUGAGGGAGGGAUCCCAUUUAGUAUAG